UCGCCUUCCCAGAAUUCCAUUGUGCGCAGGCGCAGUGUGCGUUGCCUGACAGUGGUAAACAGACGUCAGAAGGGAGUCUUCCCUCGAGUCAAAACAAAACAAAACAAGUCGAAAAGAUCCCGAAGGAGUGAAUAUUUGUACCGACACAACAGCAGGAAGUUUUACAAAAGUCAGCGCGGACUAGGAACGGCAACUUGGAUGAAGUUAUCGGAGGCUUUUCACGGACUUUUCCACGGAUUGUAAACUCUGGAGUAGCAGGAGCUUAAGCGGCUAACGUUACGGAGGCUAUCGGUGCUGUUUUCAAAGUGCGGCGAGUGGGAGCCGACAGACCUGCAGGCGACCCCAGUUUCACCCAAGCGCCCCCGGAGAAACUGCGAGGCUUGGUUAGCGACACAACGAGACGAGGGUCGGCUGAGUUCCGGGCUGCGGUCGAGUGGGCUUUUUAAAACCCGCUUCUUCGAGUAUCGUGUGCCGCGGCAGGACUGUGGGGAAACAUGGCAGAUGGUGACAUGCGCCCGACCGCAAUGUGGCGGACCGUGCAGACCUGAGGCGCGGACUUCUCUUUGCACGUUUCUGUCAUCUCUCUAGUGUUAUAAACAAACCCCGAAGCGUCCUUACUGACAUCUUAUCCUCGCCGGAGGCUCGUUUUUUCCACCAGAACACAGACAGAGACGUGUGCCAGCGUACCGGGGCAGUGUUGAACAGACCGCCAGCUCGGACAGUCAGCCGCCGCACAUCUUCACUUUGACUGACUAAGCCGCACCGGUUAGUGGAUGUCUGCGGAACUUAAAAUAAAUAAAUAAAUAAACUUUGGUCGUUUUCUCUCCCUUUUUUGCUGGUCUUGUGGAGACCUCAGACUGCCCGGUUGUUUACAAGAACAGCCAGAAGCUCCUUUGUAACAGCAGCCAGCUAAUCCUCGCAUGCAUACUGCAUAGUUUUACAAGAAAACUUCACGUGUGUCAUCGGCUCAAACUUACCUGUCAAACUUUAAAUGUUUUAAGUUGAACACCUCUCUGAGUGGAAGUUCAGAGGACCGCCAUGGAGGAGUCGCCGGUGCCCCCGAUUGACCCAGAUUUUGAGCCGCAGAGCAGACCUCGCUCUUGCACGUGGCCGCUGCCGAGGCCCGACAUCACGGCUGUCAAGUCGGAGGGGGCGGACGGCGCCGAGUCCGCCGCCGGGACCCCGCCCGCUGACGAGGACAAGCCCGAGCCCCAGCAAAUUGCGUCCGAGCCCGAGAAAGCGGCUGCGGCGUCCGUGGAGGGCGGGGUCGUGGCCGGCGUGGGCGGACCCGGAGCGACGCCACGCAAAGGAUCCUCCCGGCGCAACGCGUGGGGGAACCAGAGCUACGCGGACCUGAUCAGCCAGGCCAUCGAGAACUCACCCGAGAAGAGGCUGACGCUAGCGCAGAUAUACGAGUGGAUGGUGAAAACUGUGCCUUACUUCAGAGACAAAGGAGACAGCAACAGCUCAGCCGGCUGGAAGAAUUCAAUUCGCCACAAUUUGUCACUCCACAACAAGUUCCUGAGGGUACACAAUGAAUCGACCGGAAAGAGCUCUUGGUGGAUGCUCAACCCCGAAGGAGGCAAGACCGGCAAGGCGCCGCGUCGCCGGGCUGCAUCCAUGGACAACAGCAGUAAGCUGCUGAAGAGCCGCAUGAGGGCCAAGCAGACCAAGAAGCAGGCGGGAACGGCCGGCCUGGGAGGCACCGCAGGUGUGUUGCAGGGCGAUGGUGCCACGGGCUCGGCGGGCGCAGACAGCCCUAACUCAUCCCAGCAGUUCUCCAAAUGGGGGGUGAACAGCAGCAGCCCCUCGUCCCGCGGCAGCCUGGACGACACGGAUAUGUGGACCACCUUCCGCCCGCGCACGAGCUCUAACGCCAGCACCCUGAGCGGACGUCUGUCCCCCAUUGCUCCGGGCCAGGAGGAUGACGACAACCUGCCUGAUGACGGCCUGCUGGGGCGGUUCUCUGCCAGCAACUUGACCCCCACCCUCACCGAGACGCUCAUGGAGGAGCUGGACCUGAUCGAUGGCCUCACUCUGAUGACUGGACAGCAGGGAGGGGCCAGUCCCAGCACAGCCCCACCAGCACCUCCCACUCCACUGCCCUCCGCCUCCACCCUGCUGCCUCGAGGCUCCAGCUUCCCCUCCUUCCAUCAGCUUUCAUCCAGCCUCCCACAGGCCCCUACCCACACCAGGGCCACAACCUCCGUGUCUCCCUGCGGGCCCGGCAGCAAAGAGCAGACGACGUUCAGCAACUCCCUCUUCAACCCAAUGCCCACCCCCAGCUCCCGUGGGAGCGGCCAUUACAGCGCCCACGUACCCUCCAGCUUGGAAGCGCUGCUCACCUCCGACUCCCCUCCUCCCAGUGAUGUCCUGAUGGCCCAAGUGGAUUCCAUCAUGCCGAAUUCUGGAGGGGUGGGAAUGAUGGGUCCGUCUGUUGCAGGAGUAAGGUUGGGUAAGGGGUUGGAGCCGAACACCGUGUCCCCCAUCGGGCUGCAGGCACAGAUGCAGCCUCAGCAGCAUCACCUUCACCACCAGCAGCAGCAGCAGCCACCACCACCGGCGCAGCAGCAGCACCAACAACACCAGCAACAACACCAGCAUCACUCUCAGAUGGGGAUGAUCCUCUCAGGUCUGUCUCAGGACCCGUCACAGCUCUCUGCCCUCAAAGCCCAACACGCCGCGCUACCAGCCGUAGGCUCGCAACACGGGGGGCCCAUCACCACCCUGCCGGGAAUCAGUCAGUUUGGAGUGCCGUCCUGCUUCCCCACCGGUCCAGAUCGGCUCCCUACGGACAUUGACAUUGACAUGUUCACCGAAAACCUGGAUUGCGAUGUGGACUACAUAAUCAACAGUGACCUCAUGGACGGAGACGGCCUCGAUUUCAACUUCGACCCCAUGCUGCCUGGAGGCCAAGGCUACCCGGGACCGACCACCACGCAGGGCUCCGCUCACAACUGGGUGCCCAGCUAAUCACUCACCUGACCACACGGUGUUAGCCAGGAAACUAAUCUCCCAUCAAGAUAACGUCACGCAACCACCGGUUGAUCUCUCCUCCCUGCUGGCCGAAGAUGCUUGUCUUCAAAACGCGCCGUUUCUCUCGGACUUUUACAAACGAAGACCUCACUCAUAUCACGUGCCAAGACAUGCAGAGGACGCGGAGGAGAUUCAGGCUACUAUGCACAACUUUCUGUUUAUUUUUAUUUUUGUUUUGUUUUGUUUUGGGGGUUUUUAAAUAACACUCGGACGAUUGGGCUGCUAGCCUUUUUUGUUGUUGUUUGUUUUUUUGUUUGUUUGUUUUUCACUGCAAACUGAUUUAUUUUUUUUUAAUGUGUGACUUGAUGGUUUUUGGUUUGGUUUUUGUUUUUUGUUUGUUUUUUUAGAUUGACAAGACAAAUCACCUAUUUCCCCGUCCCCACCCCUCCUCCCUCCCUCUGGCUGGAAUGAGUUUCCACUUUAGUUAUGUUACACGACAAAAGCUUUAGGGCGGAUAUGGUACUCCGGAUCUCAAAGGCGCUGGUUUGAGAGACUUGAUGGACUGGUUUUUUGUUGUUGUUUGUUUUGUUUUGUUUUGAUUUUUGGAGAAAUGGCCAGUUUUCCCGCUCGGCGUGACUUGCCAGACCAAAUGCUCGUCUGAAUGAGGUACACUUGCCCUGCUGCACCGACCUCGAUACAGAUAAAGAGAGCGAGAGGACUGUUGUGAACAGGUGGAAGAUAAAGAUGGGACGGCCGGAGGCAUGAAACAUGUGGUUGCACAUCUUGCCAGGAUUAAAUGUACGAUUUUAAAUUCAUGAUUUUAGAGAAAAGAGUUGAGAGGGUAUGUACUUGCAGUUUGGCUUUUUUUUUUUACUUCAAUCCAUUGUGUUAAGGUAGGUGUCAGAUAGAGGGUGUUUGUUUUGUUUUGUUUUUUUAAUCUCUGAUGUGCAGUUGAACUAACAAAAUGAAGAAAUGGGAUUUGUGAAUUUACACACGGGGCAUUCAAGGGUAAAUCCAUACGCUAACGAGUGAUUGGUUGGCCAAGUAUUACAUUGUCCUAGACAGCUGACAUGCCUCCACUGUCCAACCUGACUCCUUCUUCUUCUUCUUCUUCUUCCUUUAUUUCCCUCGAGUCUGUGCAUUUUCAAAGCACUUAGGUUUCCUGCAACACAGGGACCCCACACUAAAAGAUGCAUCCUUAUUAGGUUGUACCAUUUCAAAAGAACAGAGUUUAUGAUCCUGUAAAUGUACAAAUUGCGCAGGUACACGAUGCUAUGCAGACCUAUCUUUUGAAGGAAAUUUGAGAAAGAAAAAAAAAAGUCCCUCCCUCAAGGGUUUGUUUUUGCUAUUUAACAUUUUCCCGAUAUAUUGUCGGACGUUUUUUUUAUUAUUCAGUACUAACGUUGGAAAAGAAAAAUUAAUUCACUGUGUGAGAAGUACAAAAAAAGAAUAUAUUUGAUGAUAGUUUUAAUAUACAGUUUAGAUGGAAAUCAGAUAUUAAUACGUAUGAAUAUAUUACUAAUGACAAGUGAUGUUUUUUUACACAUGGAAGAAGCAUUCUCAGAUCAUUUUUAACUGUAAUUUUCUAUACUUUUAUUUUUGUAAAGAAUGAGAUGCAUGUAGAUUUCUUUCUUUCUUUUUUUUUUUACAUAACCAAAGGAACACUAAUAUUUGCAUUGGCAUGGCAUGUAGGGAGCGCUUGGGCCUGAGUAUACUCAGUGUACAUAAGCUUUGCAAAACAGCAAAUAUACAUACAUACAUACAUACAUACAUACAUACAUACAUACAUAUAUAUAUAUAUAAGCGAGAGAUACCUGUAAGGUGACUUUAAAAGUUGAAAGAGGCAAAUACUUGACAGUUUUAAAGCAGAUUUCCAGCCGCCUGCCUCGUGCUUCCUGUUUUCUUUUUUCUUUCUUUGAGUCCAAGUAAAAAAAACAAUUUUUAAAAAAUGCAUCAAAUAGAAAAAAAAAACGUUCAUCUCAAAACGAGGCUCAUGCAACCGUUACCUCUCAGGAAAAACAACACUUCUGCACAGACCUAAUCAGAUGCCGGCAAAAAAAAUAAACAAAAAUGAAUAAAUGAACUUUAUUUUGCACAAUUUUUCUUGUAUGCAGACUGGAAACCAACUCACAGCUCCCCCCCCUCGCAUCCCAAAUUUGACUUCACUUUUAAUUUUAGCUUCUCAGCCGUGUAAAUCACAGCUAGCUUGUCCCCUCGGUAGUUUUGUUUUGUUUUGCUGCCAAUAUUUAAAACACUAUAGCACGAUUUUACUGUGUAGCGACGCUUUAUUUUGUCAUCUCUCCCCUUUCUUAACUAACUUUUUGUGUUUUUGUUUCGUUUUUUUAAUUUAAUUUAAAACAAUCCCUGGAGUUUAUUAUUCAUCAUUUCGCUGUAGCUGUGUGAAUAUGUUAGCCUCUGAUAUGUUUAAAGCACUCUUCUUCUUUCUGUUUUGUUUUUGUCACCCACAAAUAUUUCCUUUUUUUAAAAAAUUCUCAUUUGUUUGGUUUUGUAAUGGUGCUAGAUGUCAUAUCAGUUGUGAUGUUAUCCUGGAAUAUGCCACAAUGCAAGGGGUGCAUAUCGGGGGAAUUUUUUUGUAUGCGGCACAAGGAUAACGACUUGGUGUUAUGGUAGAAGUUCACACGCAAUUAGUAGGAAUUAAUACAGAACCCCUACUGUGCCGUGUGAGGAUAUUAUGAUGUGCACACAAGUUAAUUAUCUCCUGCAGGAGUUAUUUACCUUGUGUGCACUAGUAAUUUAUAUUUUGCAGACAAGAUUUAAAAAAAAAAAAAAAGACUCCAUACUUUCCUCCUCCUUGUUAUUUUUAUUUUUCUAUAUGUGAUGUAGUAAACCCGACCCUUGACCCAACCUGGUCUUUUAAAUCUAAAAACAGGGUAACUGGGCUUAUUUUGAAUCAUAACACGAUUACUUUUGUUAUUAUGUUUUGCACCCUUUUUUCUGUUUCUUUCCUUAACCGAGUUCCACAGUUGGGGAAAUUUUAGUAACAUCUGACUAAAGGAGCAGCGGCUGGUUGGUGAGAAUCUACUUUGAUGUCUCUAGUUUACUGUUGCCUCCUUGAAGCAGUCAGGUGUGAUGUUAUUACUUCUCUUGUGUCUCCCCUUAUGUAACUUUGUGCAUAUUCUUCGUCCUUCAGCUUUUUUAAGUAGCAGUUAGUCCCUUUAUGUUUUUACAUUUUAAAUCGCCCCUAUUUGAUACAGUAUUUUAGCAUUUGGCAAGGGUGGAUUUGUUUUUUUCCAUUGGGUAGGGUGGGAAGUUGUGCAUAAGCCAAUUAUGUUAAUGAUUUUUUUAAAAUCAUGUUGAUAGUUUCUUUUUCAUCCCCUGCUCCCCUCUUUAUUAGUUUUCUUUCUUUACACAUUGUUAAAGUCAGCCAGAGAUGACAAACAGUUCUGAACAGCAAAAAUCGAUUCAAUAAACUGUUUAACCCA